CAACAUUAAGAGCAUUAAGAGGACACUCGUGACUUGGCGGUGAUAAGUGUUGCGUUGGUGGUGAUAGUGACGUUAGGGUGAUGGUGGUGACGGUGAGGGUAGUAAUGAUGGUAGUGGUGGUGACACUGAAGGUAGUUAUGGUGGCAGUUGUGGUUGCUGUGGUGGUGACUGAACUGAUUGUCAUGACAGUGAUGGUGGUGACGGUGGCGGUUGUAAUGAUGAUGGUGGUGGUGGUGGUGGCGCUGAUGGUGAUGGUGGUGGCAGUUAUGUCUAUGGUGAUGGUGUUAAUGAUGGUAAUAGAAUCAGUUGCAGGGGAUGUGAUGGUGGGUGUGAUAGUGGUAGUGACAGUGACGAUUGUGGGCAAGGUGGUGCUGGUGACAGUGACGAUUGUGGCCAAGGUGGUGCUGGUGACAGUGACGAUUGUGGCCAAGGUGGUGCUGGUGAUAGUGACGAUUGUGGGCAAGGUGGUGCUGGUGACAGUGACGAUUGUGGCCAAGGUGGUGCUGGUGAUAGUGACGAUUGUGGCCAAGGUGGUGCUGGUGAUAGUGACGAUUGUGGCCAAGGUGGUGCUGGUGAUAGUGACGAUUGUGGCCAAGGUGGUGCUGGUGAUAGUGACGAUUGUGGCCUAGGUGGUGGUGGUGACAGUGAAAGUCCUGGUGACGGCGACGGUGCAGCGAAUACCAACAAUAAAAUCCGUAACAGAGAUGGGUGUGGCAGUCCCUCGUGCAACGCCGCACAAGUAGAUCACCAGGAGGCCUCGCGUGGUCUGGGCUAUUAACGCUAAUACACAAUGGAAUGAAUAGAUUAAUGACUCGCCACUAUUGCAAGCGGCCCGUCUACAUCAAGAACUGGGCGCCUGAAUUAGCAAGAUACUCCAUUAGGCCGGGGAACAAGGGAGAGAGGGAGAGAGGGAGGGGGACAGGGGCACACGUGGGCUGCAUAAAAACUGGAUGUGGGUCUGUGCGCGGCGGGACUGGGCACGUGCCUCUGAGAAUGAGAUAAAGUGACGUUGACGCCAUACUCUCAGCGGGACAGACACGAAGCAGUACCACCACCACCACCACCACCACUACUACUACUACUACUACUACUACUACUACUACUACUACUACUACUACUACUACUACUACUACUACUACUACUACUACUACUACCACUACUACCACAAACAUUAUCACAGUAAAUAAAAAUAAAACCGCUUCCUAUUUUAAUUUUUCGUCGUUACAAUCACUUUUAGACAUUCCUCUUUCCUUCCCAGCUUGUCCUUCUUUUGGGUUCCUUCCUUUUCACCUCCUUCCAUGUUCAUAUUUACAUUUUAUUUUUUAUAGCUGAUAUUUGUUGGUGGCCUUGAGUCUGAA